AUGGAGAGUUAUAGGAGAAAAACAGUUACGGCGCAAGGGAUCGGAGCCCUAGUGCCGGCGGGGAACGUUGGUGACAGAGCAGGCCACACCCCGUCGUCAUCAUACGACUGCAAUUAUACACACACUCACUUACACAACAGGAGGACGAGCGGAACGCCCGUGCUAGGAAGCCCGGACAUAUAUUAUACACUAGAUAAUGAGACCAUCCUGAGUCCGGAUCUCAGAACACACCUGAGACAACAGGAGGAUGAAGAGGAAGCCUCCUUGGAACAAGUAGGAAAUGUGAUCAGGAGGGCCAAUGCGGCAAUUGAACAACUACUAGACAUUGGAGCGAAGAUAGGCAAAGCCUACGGGCGAAGCCUCAAUUUGAAGAGGGAAGUGCGGACUGAGGCUGACAACCAGCUCACACAAAUCAAAGCGGAGCUCAUGGACGCAAUCAACUGCCAUGAAUCAGAGGAAGAAAUAGACAGAGUGCAGACCCUCAUUAUGAGUUGGCCCAGCAAAAUCGGGGCCGUGAUGUUCAGGGUCUCCGAAUCUCGGCGUUUUAGUGGCACCAUAAUAAAUGAGAUGGAGAAACUGAGGGAUCAAGGCCAGUGGGUGAUAAACAGAUGGAGCGAGAAUGCCCCACUAGAUCUGACGGGGGAGGAAAUACAGCAAAUGCGAGUAUCCUGGACAGCUCCAAAGGACAGACGGCCCAAACGGAAAAAAGAUAUAGAAAGCGACGGCAGCCGGGAAGAGGCGCAGGAGAGCUCGGGUGGUCGCAGACCUAAAAAGACUCGUGAUGCUGCGGAAAAUGGGAGCGGCUCACAGCCCCAGCCCCCACCACCACCACCACCCGAACCCAGACCACCCAGACCACGGGAAGCAGAGGGUCACUGCAUAGAUGGUACACCCAGACAGUCUACAACAACGGCCAUCAGGGAUACCGCCACCCACACGGAAACGUCCGCUCCGACGGAGUCCGAAGCAGAGGAGGAGGCAUUUCGAAGAGCAAACGAAGGAAAGGAAAGAAAGACAGUACGCAUACAGGCUGAGGGUAGGAUCUACCUGGAUCUUAUCCGAAACCUGAAGCGGACUGUUCGGACCGACGAUAUCAACGUGAAUGGCGUUAGACAGGCCAGGAGGAACGAGGAUGCGCUGGUAACGGUCGUUGGCCAGUCGGAUGCGACACAACUUGUACUCAGGCUUCACAACGAAGGAAUCGCCGCCGAAAUUAUGGGCGAACGCAAGAGAAGGGCCAUAAUUCAGAAUAUUGAGGCGAACACGACGGAGGCAGAGAUCACCCAGGCGGUGGAUAGAGCUACAGAAGGCCAAACGGAAGUAGUCUUCCUCAAGAGCACACCACGGGGCACCCUCACGGCGUGUAUCAGAGCCCCGGUGAAGACAAUUGACGCCCUUAUCAGGCUGCGGUACGUAAAAAUCGGCUGGACAAGAGCCAGCACGAGAGAGUACAAAGAGGAUAAGAGGUGCUUCAGGUGCGGGACGGUUGGGCACACGGCAGGGUCGUGCAAGGUGCCAGACAAGGUGUGCUUCAGAUGCAAACAACCAGGGCACUUAGAGAAAGAGUGCGAACGGCAACCCGCUGAGAGCAAGGAGUCAAAAGCUGCCACUCCCCUGACAGCGACCACAACAGGAGAGAGGACAGUGAAGCAAAUAAGCGCGGAAGAAAGAAUCCGGCGGGGAACGCGCACUUUUAGAUCGUGCGGGGUCCAAACAUCGACACAGGAGGAAAGGGUCACACCUGCUCAUAGGGCCAAGACCAUCGAUCACCCUAGACAAGGAGCCUUCAGCUACGCAGAGGCGGCCAAGGCUAAGGCACAGACGAGGACCCAGCCGUCAAAUACCACACCCGUGGCCACCGCGGCUGCGACGGCCAACGGAGGAAGAAAGAGAAACAAAACACAAGCGGUAGGGCAAAUCCCCGAGCAAGAAGGAAGUAGGAGGGGACAGCGAAGGGGUUUCGCGGUAAUGGUCAGGGUCGAGGGGGAGGGGUACGAAAGAACCCUGGAGAGAAUUAAAAGGGACGUUCCACCACCGGAAGGCGGGGGCCUGCGGAGCAUUAGGAGGAGUAGGGACGGGUCCCUCCUGAUGGUAUGCGAGGAGAUGCCAACGGCCAAGAAAAUGGCGGACUUGGUGGCCACAAAGCUAGGGGAAGGGGCCGACGUCAAGAUACUGGGCGACAGGGCAAUAAUUAAGAUUCGCGGGCUGGACGCACUAGUGCAGGCGGAAGACGUCCGAUCCGCACUGAUCAAUGAGAUACCCACGGAAAAGGACGACAGCGACCAAAUAGAAGUUGUAAGGAUUAUCACCUACCCGUGGAAGGAGAAAGCCGCCAUUGUGAAAAUCAGUCGGCAAACCUUACAGGCCUUGAAUGGGAGAGCCAACAUGAGAGUAGGCUGGACAAUGGCCAGAAUCAUCGUAGGCCCGCAAGGGGUACGAUGCCGUAACUGCUAUAGACACGGGCACAGGGAGGAGGUGUGCCGUGGCCCUGGAGGGCAGGGACAGCGCGGAAACCUGGCAGAAGGGACAGAGCGCAAUAGGAUCCAACAGGGAAUUUCCCCGCGGGGGACGUGCCAAGAGGUCGCGGAGUUUAACAGCCUGGUAGAGCAGGGGGCCACCCCAGUAUCGAAUAGUACCAGGAACGAGGUGUCCCCAACCGGCACCGAGCUGCAACAACAACAACCCGGAACAGAAAAUGGCGGCAGAGGACUGGGCAGGUGGUACAGUAGUAAUGACGGGAAAGCCAGCGUCGUUAUUAUAAAUAAAAACCUGUCCGCAAAAAAGCUGGUGGCGGGCAGGGCAUAUGUGGUGGUCGAAGUAGACAGAAUAGUAAUUGUAAGCUGUUACCUCGCACCAAAUGAAAAAUGGAGGGAUUACGGGAGACAGGUGGCCGAAAUAGAAGACACACUGCGAGCCAUACUUCACGAGGGUCCGACCAAUAGAAAGAGACGUGGGGUCAUCCUGGCUGGAGACCUGAACUCUAAAUCAAGGGUAUGGACUGACAGGACCGACCGACGAGGCAGAAGGAUUGAAGAGCUAAUAGAAGCGCUGGACAUGGUGUGUCUGAAUGUGAACGGAGAGCAUACCUUCGAGCGAAGGGGAUGGUCCGCGGUGUUAGACGUCACUAUAGCAACUCCGGACGUGGCAAGCCGAAUAUCAGGUUGGACGGUCCUAGAGGUUGAAACACUUAGUGAUCACAGGGCAAUAGGCUUCCGACUUCAAGGCAGGGAUGAAGCGACAGGGCAAAGGCCAGCAAUACAGGAGGAGGGUACCCGUAAAUGGAUCCUCAAGAAACUAAACGAGGCCAAGCUGAAGCGGUGUGCGAAAGAAGUGAAAACGCCACGCAAGGGACACCCCGAGGAAAUGGCGGAGGAACUCACAAGGUCCAUACAAGGAGUAUGUGACAGGGUCAUGCCAAGGCGGCGUCACGGCGGCGGAAGGAAGACCGUCUAUUGGUGGAACGAGGAGAUCGCGGCAGGCAGACAAAGAUGUAUGAGAACAAGAAGGUCCCUGCAAAGGGAACGAAAGAGAAGGGCACGUAUGGGGGAACAGGUCCCCGAAGAUCAGGAGGACAAGCUCAGGGAGGAGAGACGGGCACUUCGCAAGCUCAUAAGAGCAAGCAAAGGCAGAGCUUGGGAUGACCUCAUACGUACCAUCGACGACGACGUAUGGGGGAAGCCGUACAGAAUCGUUACGGGGAAACUGAGAAACGCCAACGCGGGACCUUCGAGUAUGGAGGAAGCGUUGGAGGUAUGCGCCACGCUGUUCCCAGCGGGUCCGACUCUGGCGCCGAGCGGCGAGGACGAAGGACGAUACGAAGACCAGCGAGAACCAGUCACAGCCGAUGGCGGACCCCUAGGGUAUGCCGAAAUUGAUAGGGCAGUAAGGAGAACCAGGACGGGUAAGGCGCCGGGACCCGAUGGCAUCCACCCCGAAGUGAUAAAAAGGAUUUACAGGGUGAACCCGACCCCACUGGGUGAAACGAUAAAGAGGUGUCUCGAGCGAAGAUACUUUCCGAGGAUCUGGAAAGAUGCAGAGCUGAUCCUUAUACCGAAGGGCACGAGUAAAACCGACGGCGUAGAAGGAGAAAGAAAAAAGCAGGGAUACAGGCCGAUCAGUCUCCUGAGUGUCCUGGGCAAAACGCUGGAAAGAGUGGUGGAUACUAAAAUUAAAGACCACCUAAAAAAUAGAGGCUUCCUCAGCAAGAACCAAUACGGCUUCCGCGAAGGCCUCUCGACGAUUGACGCAGUGGACCGUGUGACGACGGCCAUCAGACAAAAAACGAAGAGGAAAGGCUGGGUAGCUGGAGUAUGCAUAGACAUUAAAAAUGCGUUUGGGUCCAUCCCCUGGCCGGAGAUAAUGGAGGCAGCGGCGACGGCUGAGCUCCCGAAUGACCUAACAGGGAUCCUCAGAUCUUAUUUACAAGAUAGAUACAUCCAGAUUAGAGCUGGGGGGAAGAGCGUCAAGGCGCAAGUGACAAGAGGCAUCCCCCAAGGCUCGAUACUGGGGCCAACCCUCUGGAACCUAGCUUACAAUAAAGUGCUAUCACAAACAUACAGCACAGAUAUGGAGAUCACCUGCUACGCAGACGAUACCUUGAUCCUGGUAGAGGGACGGACAGGAAAGGAGACCGCAGAGAGGGCUUCCCGCGCAGCAGCUGAGGUCAUUGAACAGAUUGAAAAGCUGGGACUGCAGAUCGCGGUUGAAAAAACAGAGGUGGUCUUCUUUACGAAGAAAAGAGCUCCACCGCCAGAAACAGUGCAAAUUAGAGGAAAGGAGAUCCAUGCUGCCAAAAGUAUGAAAUACCUAGGCAUCAUCCUUGAUCGGAAACUGAACUACUCGGAGCACCUGGACAUGGCGUCGGCCAAGGCCAUAAGAGUUAUGAACAGUAUCGGGAGGCUUAUGCCCAAUAUCGGGGGACCGAAACAGGCGAGACGUAAGCUACUCGCACGCGUUGGCGAGUCCAUCGUAAUGUACGGGGCUCAAAUCUGGGGAGACGAGACUAGAAAGGAGACGCGAGCCAGGAAGCUCAGAGUUGUUCAGAGGGCAUGUGCACUGAGGGUUGCGUCGGCGUACCGAACGGCACCCAAUGAGGCUCUUACCGUCAUCGCAGGGAUACAACCUCUAGAGAUAACGGCGCAAAAAUGGAGGCGGCAGUGGACCAAGGGAGGAGCAAGACGGGAGAUGGAAAGCGACCAAACCCCGAAGCAGAGAAAAGAGGCGAUGAGAAGAGAGGCGGAGGAAGCGACGCUUUGGGCGAGACAGGAGUGGUGCACCAGGUGGAGGGACCACCGCAAUACUAGUAACUGGGCUAGGAGACUUAUCAAAGACCCGAAUAAAUGGUUGGACAGGACGCAUGGGGAAGUAAACUACCAUCUGACGCAGAUGCUCACCGGACAUGGGACGUUCAAUGAGUACCUGCACAGAUUCCGGAAACGGACAGUGGCAGGAUGCGCCUACUGCAGUGCGACCUCAGACAGCGUCGAGCACACAAUAUUUAGGUGCCAAAAAUGGAACGCAGUGAGAGGUCAAUCCUGGAAGAGGAGGACUGGAGAACCACUAAGCCCGGACAACAUCGUCGAGGAGUUGCUCUCCAGCGAGAAAAGGUGGAAGGAGAUCGCGGCAAUAAUCUACGAAAUCAUCUCAACGAAAGAUAAGGACGACAGAAACAAUGGCUUCUGA